AAGCCGGUUCGGAGCGAGAGCAGCGUUUGGAAAUUUAUAAAAGAAGAUCCUCCCUGGCCGAGCUGCUUAGUUUCGCAAUGAAAGUGGAAAAACGCAGACAGUGCGCAGAAGCUCCCGCCGCGUGAACAGACGAUUCGUUCCAGGUGCCAGUGUGCAAGGCACGUUGAAAACAAGAACCGGAAUUAGCGUCUGGAAGCGUCCGGUGGAAAUAGGUGAAAAACAAACAGCAAUAAUACGCACGGAUUGGAAAAUUUGCGCGAUCAGUGGGAGGUGCAAGAAAGUGUGAAUCAGUGAACAACACUGAUGUGGUGCCGAAUAUUCGACUCGAAUAAACAGACGAAGUAGUGCAGUUUAAACUUGAACAAGUGAGCAGCAAAAAAACUUCAACAGGAGGUGAAGUGACGAACGUUUUUCUACACCCAUAAGAACCCAUCACAUCUAUAUACAGUGCCGGAUACUUCAAAAUGGCUUGCUGGCAGCAGCUGCUGCUAUUGCUGUUCGUAGCGCUGGUUGCGGCCGAAGAGUCAAGCAAAGUUACCAACGAUGGGGACGAUAAACCGACAUCCGUCGAACAGCUUCCCGUGCCCGCUGCAUUGCACCGUCAGAAGCGUCAUGAGGUCGAAAUUCAUCGUGUGAUAAAGCGACGACCAAAGCUACCACCUCCACCCCGUGGUCGUAAACCAAGACCUCCGCGAAGACCUAGCUCGAAACCGCGCGGCAAGUACGGACCACCCAACAUAAACUAUCCUCCACUGUCGCACUACGUUCCACAGUCGAUCGACGAUCCGUACAGUGCCGGAUUUGAAGCUUCGUUCGGUGAUCAUCACGGAACGUUCGGAGAGCCGCCGGCAGGGUACGGUUCACCGAUUCAUCCAUCGCCCGCCUUCGGAUCGCCCCCGUUUGCGUACGGGCAAACGAUCACUAGCUACGAGGGAUCCUCAUACGGCAAGCCCAGCUACGAAGCGUCCCCUUCAUUCGGCAAGCACAGCUUCCAAGGUAGCUCAUCCUCUUCCACGUCGUUCGGCAAACCUAGCUUCGAGUUAUCCAGCUUUGAUGGUGGAUUUUCCAAGACAAACUUUGGCAGUGGACCCAGUACGUUCGAUUCGAAGGUACCUUCGUUCCUGGAUUCGUCUAACGGCUUCGACAGUUUUCCGGGCAGUAAACAUUCGCACAACAUUGGAGGCUACUCGCACAGCUUUUCACACUCGAGCAAUAAGCAACCGUCGUUUGCAGAUUCAACGGCAAUCAACACGUACACAACGCCCUCCGGCAAAGGCAACUACUACACCGACACUUCCUCUAGCUUUGGAGAUAUCGGAACCAGCAAGCAUCAGCUGCCGCUAGAAAAAUAUCGCAAAGAUCCCUACAAAACACCGAUUUCAUCGUACGAAGUACCAUCCAACUCUAAAUCGAACUUAUUUGAGCCUUCGGGAGACUUUGAAACGACCUACAAACGGUCUCAGCAUAACGGAGGAGGCAGCUCUACGCACUCCACCUCCCACAGCUCGGUCGGCGCCAGUGAGGAAGAGUACAUACCGAACUUACCGACCCGAUACGAUCAGGAACAGUUCCACACGCCCACCAAAACCAACCCUAACAAACCUCCGAUCAGUACGCUGCAAACGAUCAGUGAUGCAGAUGAUCAUUUCACAUCCUUCAACUCAUACUACGACGGUGGCUCGGAGUCACAGAAGAUCCCGGUCAAAAGUAAGCAACCUGCACCGUUCGGACAGGACUCAUCGGACGAGCAGUUCCCCACCGCAUCGGGCGGUGAUAAACGCAUCAAGAGUCGGCGCAAGAAGAAGCCGAAGCUGCCAAGCUCAACCAUCGCCCACAAUCUCGACACGGAUGAUCUGCGCGAUGCGUUCGGUUCGAGUUCCGAUUUCCAUCAGGUGGCAAUCGAUGCGGACGAAUUCCUAGACUUUGAACCGAAGAAACAGAUCAAGCAUUCCAAACCGGCGGGCGUAACGUUCCCGCGUGCCGAGGAUGCACAGCCGUCCAAUUUUGUGCUGCUUUCGUCCCAAAACAACGGUGCAAAGGGUCGCGAACCGGUCAACCAACGGUCACCACCUCCGGCGACUUCAAUUUCCACCAGUAAAUCGGUUGAAUAUGAUACGAAAACUUUGGAUCUAAACAAUUACUUUCAAGCUAAUGCCGCCAACCAGCAACACCACCGACCAUCGAAACCGAUCGGACUGGACGAUUUGAAUAUACUGUCGAUUCAGAAAUCUAACUCGCACAGCUACUACGCCGGUUCGAGUCAGGGAGGAAGUACGGGUGAGCGACCGUCGAGUGGCGGAUUUCUACCGACCAGAAGAAGAGACAUGCAGCGCUACCGUAGUGCCGUGAGCAGCAGCCUCGACUACACCAUGCUGGACGAUGAUGAUGAGGAAAACUAUGACGACAUCAGUGACAUUGGCACACGACGUUCACGUGGGAACCGAAAGAAGAAAGAUUUGUCUGAGACGACGAGAUCGCUAUAGGUAGGUGGUCCAUGUCCGUGUCCGUCUCGUUGUGUUUUACCAGUGCGAUUCUCUCUACAGUAGCAUUAGCGUACGCAUAAGUGUUAUUUCGUUACGUUUCGUUUUCGUUAGAUCGAUCGAGGGAGAAGGGGAGCGAGAGUCUAUUUAUUAAACUGUUUUAAAGUUUGUCCAGCAAAUAAAUGUUAAGCGAGGUGAUGUGCCGAGAAAUGAGAUAU